AUGAGGUCGCUAUCCCUGUUAACAUUGUUUGUUGCCUUCCUGGCGCCGCUAGCGUCCGCCGUCAAGCUCCUCGAAUCCAAUGCGCUGAAUGUGUGCAUGGAAAGUAGCAAUUUCACUGCCACAUAUUUCAACGUUGUGUUCUACCCUGGAAACAAUUCGCUCACGAUUGGAUUCGAUGGCGUCUCCUAUAUCUCCGGCAAUGUCGUGGCCGACAUGACCCUGACUGCUUAUGGUUACAAGGCUUAUUCGAGCACCAUUGACCCCUGCUCCAUUGAGGGCAUGGGUAUGUGCCCGAUGGCCCCAGGUCCCAUUGAUUUGGGUCCUGUUUCGCUCUCGCUUCCCGACGGCACUUCUUCCAAGGUUCCGGGCAUUGCUUACACGGUUCCUGAUCUUGACGCGAAUGUGCAAAUCAUGAUCAAGAGCAAGGAAACUGGUGAGAAGAUUGCCUGUGUAUCAGCUUCGCUUUCCAAUGGCAAGAGUGUGUACCAGCUGGGUGUGGCAUGGGUAACCGCAAUCAUCUCCGGCUUGGGUCUGGCCGCAUCCGCCAUUACCUCCGGCCUAGGCCACUCCAAUACGGCCGCGCACGUUGCGGCGAACGCGCUCUCUCUGUUCGGCUUCAUGCAAGGCCAGGCCAUGAUUGGCAUGAUCUCGGUUCAUAUGCCCCCGAUUGUGGAAUCUUGGACUCAGAACUUCCAGUGGAGCAUGGGUAUCAUCCACGUUGGCUUCUUGCAGACCAUCUGCACCUGGUAUCAGCGCGCUACGGGCGGUACUCCCUCGACUGUCCUUUCGCAGCUGGGUGACACCUCCGUGGAAGUUCUGAAGCGCCGCAAGCGCGACUUCAUCGACCCAACUAUUAGUUUGAUGAGGCGAACUACUGGUUUGAUCUCGAAACGAGCUGACUCGAGCCAGAAGCUCAUCGUGGUGCGGGGUAUCGAGCGUGUCGGAUUUCGUGCCAACAUUGAAGAGACCAAUAUCUUCCUGACUGGUCUGAUUUUCUUUGUGGUCUUUGUCUGCUUGGUGGUUAUCAUCGUCACCUCCUUCAAGGGCAUCUGCGAGUUGCUCGUCAAGCAUGGCAAGAUGAAGAGUGACAAGUUUCAGGACUUCCGCAAUGGCUGGAAGGUCGUUACCCGUGGUAUCCUCUUCCGUCUCACUCUGAUCGGUUUCGCCCAGAUGACCGUACUCUGCCUGUGGGAGUUCACUCGGCGUGACUCGGCCGCCGAAGUUGUCCUGGCUGUGGUCAUGAUCCUGUCUCUGCUCGUCGCACUGGGCUGGGCGGCUCAGAAGGUCAUUCGCCUUGCCAAGCGUUCCGUCACCAUGCACAAGAACCCGGCUUACAUCCUUUACUCCGAUCCCUCUGCCUUGAAUAAGUGGGGCUUCCUGUAUGUGCAAUACCGGGCCACGGCGUACUACUUUGUCGUUCCGUACCUCGCCUACAUUUUUGUCAAGGGUAUGUUCAUUGGUCUCAGCCAGCCCGCCCCGGUUGUCCAGACUGUGGCCCUGGUGAUCCUUGAGGCCGCCAUGCUGGUUGCUGUCUGCGUGAUGCGCCCAUGGAUGGAUAAAAAGACCAACAUCUAUAACAUUUCCAUUGCUGUCAUCAACUUUCUCAACUCCAUAUUCCUGUUGGUCUUUUCGGAUGUGUUCAACCCUCCCGGCAUGAUGAUCGGUGUCAUGGGAGUCAUUUUCUUCGUGUAUAACGCCGCUUUUGCCCUGGUCCUGCUGGUCCUUGUCCUGAUUGCCUCAGUCUACGCCGUGGUGUCUAAAGACCCGGAUACUCGCUACCAGCCUAUGCGCGAUGAUCGCGGCUCUUUCAUCAAGUCCCAGACCCAGUUGACCACCGAGCUGGAAGCCCUUGGUGCCACUGCCCGCGGCGAUGUCAAGAACGGCACCGGAUAUCACCAGAACCCAUUCGACGACGACUCUGCCUCCAUCUCCAGCGGCACUGGCGCCACUGGCCACCACCGCAACAACCUCGAUGCUACAAACAGCGCUCAAAAUCUGAACCGCCACCAGCCCCCUCCCUCGCCUGUCGACCCGUCAGUACCGCUCUUCCCCAGCAAUGCCUCGACCCACUCAGGUCAUCGGGGGCCACCCCCCGGCUACGACCAAUAUGGUCGGGCUGCAUCACCUGCGCCGCGGAACUAUGACAACGCCCCCGUCGGCGCGUCCGCGCUGGCAACCAACUACAGAGCGCAAAACAACGCCAGUCCCUGGCAACGGGGCGCUGGCUAUGACCACUAG